UGGCCUCUGGUGGCGAUGAGACGGGCCCUGUCCUCGACGAUAUUCGCUAGGAUCCUGAUGACUCCGAUAGGUCUGGUCGUUUCUGUCUCCUGUGGUAAGUCAGUUAUGGUGCCUCCACUGUGCAGCCCUCUGAACAUCCAGCACGAGGAACCUCGCGGAACUCGAAACUUCUUCGUCUUCGGUACUAGUCCACAUACUGUGGACUGUCGAUACCGGCGAUACAAAACGAAAGGUUGGACUUAUCUUGUGGCUCUACUGCUGUUUUCCAUAAAGUUGCCAUACGCCGUUGGUGACAAAAAUAUAGAAAAUGAUAUAGGCAACUCGAUCAAAAUCGUAGAUGAGCCAUCGAGAAUCCUUCUAUCUCAAGGAUUGGAGAACUUUACUUUAAACCUCUUCAAGGAGACUGUCAACGCAGCCGGCUCGAGGUUAAAUCUUGUACUCUCGCCAUUUAGCAUUUGGGCUUUAUUGGUUUUGCUUUGGGAAGGUUCGAAAGGUAAAACAAAUGAACAACUGAUGAAUGUAUUGGGAUUACCAAGUGAUCGAAGACUCACGAUAGCAGGAUAUCGAGCCAUAGAUGAAGCCUUGCAGGUGAACACUUCGACGGUCUCAGUGGAGUUUGUCAAGGCAAUUUUCUUCGACAUAAACAGACCCUUGAAAAGAGAUUUUGAAUCUACUGCAGAGCAUCUGUACCAAUGCCCAACAAUCUCUAUAAAUUUUCAUAAGCCUGUCGAGGCAACUCGCGUGAUAAAUGAUUGGGUUAAGUUAAACACUCAUGGAAAAAUCCCUGAUCUGUUAUUAGAAGAAGAUUUACGAGAUGCCCAGUUAGUUUUGGCAAAUGCCGUAUAUUUCCAAGGACAAUGGAGUCUUCCAUUCGAUCGGGAUUUAACGACAAGAGAAUCAUUUUAUGAUGAAGAUGGAAAGACUAUUGGGGAAGUUGACAUGAUGUCUUCACAAGGACCUUAUGCUUUUGUAGCUGAUCAAGAGUUGGAUGCGAAUGUUAUAGAAAUUCCUUACGGAAAGGAAAAUCGGUUAUCGAUGAUUGUCAUGUUACCUCGACAUGGGAAUAAAAACAGUAUAGAUGUCAUUUUAGAAAAAUUACCUCAGAGAAAUUUUUCUCGACUCAUAAAUGACUUGGCGCAAUCUAAAAGUGAAUACUUCGGGGAUGACGUGGAUCUUCGACUUCCGCGUUUUAAUGUGACGUCAGAUUUCGUCAUGAACGUGGUACUUGAAACGAUGGGGCUUACAGAUGUGUUCAAUGAAAACGCCGCUGAUUUAUCUCCUAUUUCUCCUCAUAAAAUUUACUUGUCCAGAGUAAUACACAAGGCUGUGAUCGUCGUUGACGAGGAGGGUACUAUUGCAACGGCAGCAUCUGGUGCUGCACUUGCGAAUAAAUCUCGGCCUCCGAAGUUCCAUGCUAAUCGUCCUUUCAUUUACAUCAUCCAUGACAAAAAAUCAAAUACUAUUGUAUUUGCUGGAAAAGUUUUUAAUCCAAAUUGACAAAGUUUCUAAACAUAAAAGACUUUAUCUAUACAAUAAAUAAAAAUAACACUCACAUAAAUGUAAGCAGAAAUAAACGUAAUCAUUUUUCCAUUCCAA